AGGCCUCAGUGGUAAAAGCAACGAACUAGUUAUUAGCGCCAAUGUGUUCAGCUCUUCGUUUCUAAAAUGUCAGCUCUGUAUUAGAAACUUUCAGGAAGCCUCACUUGGGCCAUGCCCUGUCUAAGGAGGUAUGAAGUAUAGCUGGUUUCCAUCUUCCAGGGCUGACUGAGGGUGGAGACAGUACUGUUUGUUAAACUGGUUAAGGUGGCUUAGUUUAAAGCUCGUAUGAUUCUGAAUGGAGGAGAAGAAAGUACUUUGUGAAAUCACAUACAGCUGGAAGUCAAAUAAUCAGGUUUGGUGCAACUAGGGGUUACCGAGCCCCCAACUCAUCUCUUUAAUUUGCCUGUUUCUUCCUAAUUAAGACGGGCCUGCUGAGAAGUGUGUCUGCCUAUCACAAUGGGGAACGAGAACAGCACCUCUGACAACCAGUCAGAGGAUGCUGGCUCAAAUAACAUCAUCCUGCUGCCACCAAAUCCGGGUGUACCACAGGGGGUGUCCCCGACUCCUGCACCAGAAGCAGCACAGCCUGCUGGAAGUAGUUAUGAUAUAAAGCAGAAGCCGGAAAAGAAAACUGGAAACACUGGUAGCAAUAACUCCUCUGGUGUCUGGCCAACUACAGCUGUGUCCCAUGUUGAAACUACACCUCCGUUACUGAGCAGUGCUACCAGCAUCAAUCAUGGAGUCACCAGUGACUACACAGUGGAGGGUGCAACCAACCCCAGUUGUGCUGAGUCUUUGGAGGUGAUUGGACCAGGAGAAUUCCUACAGAAAGACAAGAAGACAACAGUGUCCAACUCCUCAUCCUACCCAGCUGAAGGAACACAGGAGAAUAGCAUCCCUGGCUCCAUGCCUUUUGCAGAACAUACCCAGGAUAUUAUCCAAGCGAAUCAGGCCUUGGGCAAUGAGGAUGGCCUCGCUCUGCACAGUAACCCAGGGGAGCCCGUGCCAGAUACGCCUGAGGAAGACCAGGUGGCACUUGCCCAAGUGAUAGAUAGCAGUGUGGAGACCAGUCUGGUCACUCCUGUUGUUCUUAUUGAUGAUGGAAAGAAUGAACCAAGGGAAGGGGGAAGGGAUUCUUCUUCCGCUGAUCAUGUUACCCCAUUGCAAGGGAAGCCAAGGACACAUUCAAGGAUAUUGGAGCCAUUAAAACCAAUGGCACAGCUGUCUGGGAAGGAUGAUCCACAUGGCAGCUUUUCCCCUCCAGGGAAAGAAGCAGAUUAUGUUACCACUCAAGAGGCCCAGCAGAAUCCAAGGCCCCUGCAAACAAAUCACGAGGCCCCAGCUGUAACCCAACAAGGUGAAGAGUACACAGAUGGGACGACUGAUGUGCUGUUGAAAGGCGAGACCCUAUCACUGAAUGCUACUGCCCCAGUAUCAGAUGGAGAGGAAGGCAAAAAACAUCAGAACUGGGCUGAUGAUUCUGAAGUCCUCAAUGCCCACUGCCAAGGUUCUAAGAAUAUAGGAUCUGCCCAAGAAACUAAGGAGAAUGCUGUUCCUUUGGAAUAUCAUCAGGAACCAAUAGCAACUAAUUUUCCUCUACCAAAUUUACCCCAGAAUCCUGUCUUGGAUCCAGAGACCAAAGGUCCUUUGAGGGAAUCUGUCACCAUAACUGAUACUCAAAAUCCCCUUCUGAGUGGGACACAAGAAACUUUAUCUGAAAAACUAGACCCCAGUGCCAAAGAAGAUGGGCUUAAAUCAGUAUUUUCCCAAACACAGGAAGUAGAUCUGAUUUCCAGUAAGGUUUCAGAGAAUACUCCAUAUGCAGCUGCUACUAUUGCCGAAAUGGGAUCUAGUUGUUUGGCUAUAGAAACUCCUGGUGUCUUGGCUACUGAGAUUCUUCCAGACCCCACAAAAGAGUAUCCCAUGACAGAUGUAGGAAGGGUACCAGAGGAUUUAGAUUUGAGUGGCGAGAACAAGCAUCCUGAAAUGAGGCCUAAAAAUUAUCCUGUCCAUUUAUCUAAGGAUGAAAUAGAAACUCCCUUGAGUGCAGAAAAAACAGAGAGAAUACAAGGGGCAAUCCCCACUGUGUCUCCCACUGGGUUAGAUAAAAGCAUGGAGGCAAAGCUGGAAUUGAAUGACAAAGGCCAGGAACUUUUUGAUGCUGAAAACAAAAAUGGCAGUAAAGAAAGAAAUCAAAGAAUAUACUCUCAAGGAAAGGAAGUUGCCACUCAGAAUACUGAAUGCACAGAACCUGUACAUUUAGAAGAGACCUUACUUGAUUCCAGCAGCAGAUCCAAUCAGAUUGUGGGUGAAGUGAAAACCACAAAUUUGGAGCCUCGCUUGCUUCAGCAUGGAGACUCAGUACAGUUGUCUAAGAAGAUUGAACCAAUGGAGGCAGAGCAGCCUGACAGUCAAUCAGAAAACUCACCAUUGUGCUCCCUAGCCUAUGAGAUGAUUGAUGGAAACUGUGCUGCUAUUGGUACACAUGAUCUACUGCCUAUGCAUAGUGGAAACACUAAUGUUCAACUUGUUGAGCAGGCUGUAGAUUGUGGACAGGCUACUUCUAAGGAAACUAUUCUAGAGGUUACAGGUCUAAAACCUGAGCUCCCAGAUACUCUUCAAGGUACCAAAGGAGGGGAAAGAAAAAAGUCUGUUUCAAUUGCAAAGCCUGGGAAAUCUGAUAUAUGUGUAUCUCCCAGAGGUGGUGUUAAUCCUGAAAUCCAGGCAGCUGAAAGUAAAAGACAGCAUAACCAAACAACUAAGAUGCCUUGUAGCAAAGAUGCUGAGGUCCUGCUGGUAGCUACAGUUGAACCUUUAAUUGCUCCUGCUAAUGAUGAAAAUGGACAGGAAUUCAACCCUGUUGUGAAAAACCAUCCCAAUGAUGAGAUCUUGACUGUAAAAGGUGGAGUAGAGCCCCAGGGUCCAGAGCAGAAUCAACAGGGAAGUGCAUUGUCUGCAGGUAACAGCAGGAUAAGAAUCACUCAGUCAGGAAACCCUGAACCAUUAGCAGGAACUUGUUUCCAACAAUCUCACUUGUGUUCAGAAUUUUCUGCCUCCUCAACCUUUGGAGAUAAAACCACUCCUUCUGAAAGUAGGAAAGACAUUUCUCCAGAUGGUCUUGAAGGGAUGAAGACCAGGACUGAAGAUUUCUCAAAAAUCUCACCAACCCCAGAACCUAAGGAGGAUUUGAAUUGUCCUUUGCCCUGUGGUGGACAGGAGCCAAUUCCAAUAUCAGAAUUCCAAAAUAGGCAGCACGAAAAAGAUCUGAGUGAUAGUUCAAGUGCACAUGACCCUAAGGAGUUCAUUUUGGACAGUUCUUCAACAGAACAGUUGGACUCAACAGCAAUAACAAGAGAGAAGCUGCCUCUGGUGAUGGACCAAGAGAAACAGUGCAGUGGUGACCAGUCCUUUGCUAUUUCUUUUCCUAUUGUGGUCAAUUUAAAAGACUCUUUUCUUCAAGAUAACUUAAAUGUCAAAACAGAAGAAAGUUUUUGCACUGGGCAGAUGCUUGACAAGCCCCAGCAGGAGAAGGAGGAUGCUUUGAUCUCUGGCAAUCAGCAGGAAGAAACAUGCCAAGAAAAUGGGUUUUCUAAGGCAGCUGACAUGCACACAGAGAUCAGCAGCUUAGAUAAUAUGGAAAAUCCAUGUGAAAAGGAGGAAGGGGCUCUACCUUGUCAUCUAGAUACACAACCAACUAUUAAUGCUACUGACAUCCCGCCUGCUCCAGCAACUGGAACAAUCAACAUCAUAUCUCUUGAUGUCCCAGAGAAAGUGCUUGAGGAAACCUCAAAUAGCAGCCAGAUUCUGUUGGAUACCCAGGAGAAGAUAGAGCUUCCAGUCAUCUCAAACCAGGAGGCUCAAAGGCACCUGCCACUCAGUGGCAAAAUCAGCCCCCAAGAGGACCACGUUGAACAGAAUUUUGAAAGCGUAUCUACUGAUAAAAGUAGGAAUGUUGAUCAAGAAAUCCUGGAUACAUGUCUGGCAUCACAAAAGUUUGGAAAAAUUGUUCCAAAUGAGAAUUUCCUUCAGACUGAAUGUGGUCCUGAGAUGGAUACUGAGCUAGAUCCCAGUAGUGGUGAGAUUGAUACCUUUGUCUCAGGUAGUCCCUGCCAAACUGGGCAAAAAUCUGUCAGCUACAAGAAUGACUCAUGGCUGAAAAGUGAAAUGGGUGGAAUUGUCAGUAACAUCCUGGGUGUUUCAGCAUGUCAGAUCAUCUCAGAGAGAGAGCAGUCAGAAUUGCCAACUGCUGGUGUUUCUGGACAGUCACUAGAGGUAACUUCUGAGAAUUUUAUCCUCAAUACAAACAGUACUGAUGGAAGAAAAUCAGAAGAUAGCAAGACAAGGAAUGCCUCCACUAAAGAGUUGAGUGUUUCUGGAGACAGUUUCUAUAUUGAAGGAGAGUCUGUGUUCACUGCUGAGGACUCUGCUAAUUUGCCUACAGACUACCUCUCACCCACAUUGAAGCCUGUACAGACAAGGGAAGAAAUAUCUACAAUUAAAUCCAAAGAGGCCCAAAACAAGGGGAACGUCAAGUCUCAGCCAAGGAAUUCUGAGGAAAGUAUCGAGAAAAUGGCAGAAGUUCCAAGAGGGGGACCAGAGAAAAGUAAUGAGAAGACAGGAGAUUCUGCUAAGGGGAGUAUGGAAAAAUCUGAUCAUGAGAACUUGGGGUUGAGGCAAACUGGCAUUAUGGCUGAAUUUCCUGACUUCAAGGCACACAUCAGCAAAAUAUUUGAGAAAUCUGUCCUCAGUGCUUUCACCACUGACCGUCCACAGCUUACACUGCAAGAAAAUUCAAGGGUUGAAGGGAACCCAAUGGGAAAGGACUCUUUGGUGCAGCUAAGCACAGAGAAACAUUCACAGCAUGGUCAAGGAGGAGACUAUAUCAUGAUUUCUACUCCUGAUGGACAAGGGGUAGACAGAAAAGAAAAGGAGCAGAGGUUGACUUUAGAGAAUAUCUCUUGCCAAACUACUACCCUGGACAAGUUGACUUAUCAAGAAGGUACAGUUGCAAAAAAGUCACCAGGCUUACCUGCUCUUACUGAGAAACAGCACCUUGAUACCAGCUUGGAAAAGAAUGGAAUUGCAUCUGGUGUCUCACAAAAAGAAAAUAGAACAGAAAAGUCAGAAACAGCUGGUGAAAAAUGUACAGGGAUUACAUUUGAGCAUCAAAAGCUUCAAGGAGAAGGAAAGCAGGGAUUCAUUUCAAGUCUCCCUUUAGACAUUGCUGUUCAGAAGACACCUAUGGAAAAUGCUCCCCUUUUUAAGGAUGAGGAGUAUUAUGUCAUCUCCCAGACCCAUGCAAAAGUGCCUUCAUCUCAAGAGGGUCUGAAUCCUCCAGGAAGCCAGCAGAGAGAAAUACCCCUCAGCAAAAAGGUGCCCAAAAGUGAUGGGAUCUACGCUUCAAUUGGCACUGAAGAACUGGACAACAUUCCAGAACUCAGGCAUGUCCAGGAAAUUUCCUCUCCACCUGUGGACAUUCCAGCUUCUACAGCUACAAUUAAUAAGCAGCUCAGUGCUGGCCUGCCGAAGGAUGAAAAGCAGCCCCAAGGUGGUGACAGUGCUCACAGUGACUUAAAAACUGUGGAGAGCCCAAGAACAGAAACUGUUCUGGAUUUACCAAACCCCAGUGGGAUACUGACACCCUCUAUGGUUGAUUGCUUCAAACAAGAGCUAGGUUUGCAAAGCUUCCAGUUAGAUGCCUUACAAGAACCUGGCUUAGUGAUAGAAAAGGUUUCCAAAGCAAAAAGAGAGAAUUAUUUUACUAAAGUGGAGCCUGAGGUUUACACCUCUGAUGAUCAGCCUUUAAAAACCAUCCCUGAAACAGGUACUACGAGAGUGUUAUUUAGUUCAGCUUGUGACUCAGCUUUGCAAAUGAGACACCCAAAUCAAAUCCCAGAGUCCCAGAGUGGCUCUCUGAAGACAGUUUUGGGGAUGGAGGAGAAGAAUGCCUCUGAGUGUUUGGAGAAUCAGACUGGGAACCAACAGAUUGAGGAGCAUUCUGAGCAUGAAUUCUCACCACUUGACAAGAAUGACAAGAUUCCUGUCUGCUCACUUCCUGAGCCAGACAAAGGACAAGUCCAGAAACCCCAAGAUGUUGUUUCAGAAGAGGGACUCACAGAAAGAAAGAGCCCUGAGCCUGGUCAAUCUCUUCUCUCCCUGGUACCCCAGAAGAAUGCUCUAGAUAUUACGGCCAUUUCAGUCAAGUCUGAUGAGGAUGACACGGUCAAAAGUUCUCCCAUAUUAGAUGAUGUCAUCCAUUCAACAGCAUCUAUUUAUCCAUCAGCUCAUCCUGUAGCUGUUUCUUCUACUUGUCAUGAUGUUACAGUCCUGGAUACUGAUGAACUGACUGCUUCAAGGACCUCCAAGGCAAUAGCAACCUGUGAGAACAUUGUUCCCUCAUCCUCUGAGGACUUACAUUUGGCUCCCACCCCAGCCAAUGAUACAGUAUCACCAGCUUCUCAAAGCCAGGAUCUGAAGAAGGACUUAAAAAGGAGUUCUGACUCUGAAGAAGCAUUUGAGACUCCUGAAUCAACAACUCCUGUCAAAGCCCCUCCGGCCCCACCACCUCCACCUCCAGAAAUCAUCACAGAACAAGAAAUCAAACCACAGCCACCCCCAGAAGACCCAGGCUUGUGUUCUGAGACGGUUUCCCUCCCAGAUGUGCCGCAUAGUGAAUCAGUGGAAGGAAGCCCUUUCCGUCCUCCAUCACAUUCUUUCUCCACCGUCUUUGAUGAAGACAAACCAAUAGCCAGCAGUGGGACAUACAACUUGGACUUCGAUAAUAUUGAAGUGGUAGAUACUUUUCAGACCUUGGAACCCAACUCCUUAGAUGCCAAGAAUCGGGACUCCAAAGUGAAUGUCCGGAGAAAAUCGACAGAUUCUGUCCCAGUCUCCAGAUCCACUUUGUCCCGAUCUCUCAGUUUGCAAGCUAGUGACUUUGAUGGUGCUGGUUCUGCCUCUUUGGAAAAUAAUGAGGCAGUGGCAGUAGCAGCUGAUGCAUACACCACAGGUACAACUAGUGCUUCUAGUACCCUUAAGAGAACUAAAAAACCCAGACCCCCUUCCUUAAAAAAGAAACCGGCCACCAAAAAACCCACAGAAACACCACUGGUCAAAGAAACACAACAAGACCCAGUGGAAGAGAGUCCUGUUAUUAGUGAGGAAAAUCCAGUAUCUGAAACAAAUAUUGACUUGGGUAAGAUAGAAGGUUCAGGACCAGAACUCUCAGAGGAGAGCCCACUGGAGACUACUGUUGGAUCAAAAUCUACCUAUCCCCUGGACCCUGAUAUUGCAGAAGGGGAUAUUCCACCAACCACUGGCAGCACCAAAGUACAGAAUUCACCACCAAUUGGGAAGAAAACAUUGCCUCUGGCCACUGCUCCUGAAGCAGUGGAGGUGACCCCAUCUGAUACUGGAGGGCAGGAGAACUCUCCAGCCAAAGGGCUCUCUGUAAGGCUGGAGUUUGACUAUUCUGAAGAUAAAGGAAGUUGGGACGACCAGUUGGAAACUCCGCCUCCCAAAAAGAUAGGUAAAAAGCCAGUUGCCAAAAUGCCACUAAGGAGGCCAAAGACUAAAAAGACAGUGGAAAAACUUGAUAAUGCUCCUGCCUCACCCACCAAGUCCCCUGUUGACCCGAAUGAAAUCCCUAUCUCCAAAGGCUCUUAUACCUUUGAUAUAGAUAAAUGGGAUGAUCCCAACUUUAACCCCUUUUCUUCCACUACAAAAAUACAAGAGUCUCCCAAACUGCCUCAACAGACCUACAACUUUGAUGCUGACGUCUGUGAUGACUCCAUUGACCCAUUUAAGUCAUCUUCUAAGAUCUCUAGCUCCCCUUCUAAGUCCCCAGCUUCUUUUGAGAUCCCAGCCAAUGCUGUUGAAACCAAUGGUGUAGAAGGAGACAGUGUCAACAAGCCUGCAAAGAAAAAGAAGACGCCUUUAAAGACGAUGGUAGAAGAUGUGAUGUCUGUAUGUUCUCUGUUUGAUACAUUUAGGGUGAAAAAGUCGCCAAAACGGUCUCCUCUGUCUGAUCCACCUUCACAGGAUCCUACUCCACUGCCUACACCAGAAACACCUCCAGUGAUCUCUACUGUGGUCCAUGCAACAGAUGAAGAAAAACUAGCCGUGACUAAUCAGAAAUGGACUUGUAUGACAGUGGAGCUAGAAGCUGACAAGCAAGAUUAUCCUCAGCCCUCUGACCUGUCAACUUUUGUAAAUGAGACCAAAUUCAGUUCUCCCACAGAGGGUAAGCAAAUUAAUGGCCAUUUGGAUCCCAACCUCAGCCUGGAAAAACUUGCUUCUAAAGAGCAAGAAGCAAUGAAGGACCAUAAAGAAAAGCAGAAGCCAGAGCUGGAUUAUAGAAACUCCUAUGAAAUAGAAUAUAUGGAGAAAAUUGGCUCCAACUUACCUCAUGAUGAUGGCACCCCAAAGAAACAGUCUCUGUAUCUUAUGUUCGAUGCUCCUCAGGAGAGUCCAGUCAAAUCUCCUCCAGUUCGGUUAUCUGAUUCUCCAACUCCAUGUUCAGGGUCAAGUUUUGAAGAAACAGAAGCUCUGGUGAAUGCUGGAAUGAAAAUCCAGCAUCCAGUCUCACGAGUCUUGGCUCCAAACCAAGAGACACAUUUGCAGGCUUCAGAGAAAUCAAGCCAGAAAGAGUCUAUGGGCUUAGGAACAACUUCAGAUGCUCUCGAAAGAACAGCUCCUGAAGAUUCCUAUGUCUCUGCUGAAGCUCUCCUCAAUAGGAUAUCUCAUCAAACCUCAAUAUGUGAUGCACUUGAAUAUCUAGAGCCUGAUUUAGCAGAAAAGAACCCCCCAAUAUUUGCUCAGAAACUUCAGGAGGAGUUAGAGUUUGCAGUCAUGAGGAUAGAAGCACUGAAGCUAGCCAGACAGAUUGCCCUGGCUUCCUUUGGUUCCUUAGAUACCAAGAGAGAGGCUGCCCUCCCAGCAGAUGUCCCCAUCUCUAAAACUGCCUUGUACUCUCGCCUUGGGACUUCCGAGUCAGAAAAACCUCCAGCCCUUCUUUACCAACAGUCGGAUUUAGAUGCUUCACUCCGAAUCGCUAGAGAAGAGAUCAUCACAAAGGAGAGAGAGGUCUCAGAGUGGAAAGACAAGUAUGAAGAAAGUCGACGAGAAGUGAUGGAAAUGAGGAAAAUAGUAGCAGAGUAUGAAAAGACCAUCGCUCAAAUGAUAGAGGAUGAACAGAGAGAAAAGUCAGUCUCCCACCAUACUGUCCAACAGCUGAUUGUGGAGAAGGAGCAAGCUUUGGCAGAUCUGAACUCCGUGGAGAAAUCUUUAGCUGAUCUUUUUAGGAGAUAUGAAAAAAUGAAAGAGGUCCUGGAGGGGUUUCGCAAGAAUGAAGAGGUGCUAAAGAAAUGUGCUCAGGAGUAUUUGUCCCGUGUGAAAAAAGAAGAACAAAGGUACCAGGCACUCAAAGUACAUGCAGAAGAAAAACUGGACAGAGCCAAUGCCGAGAUUGCACAGGUCCGAGGAAAAGCUCAGCAAGAGCAAGCUGCCUACCAGGCUAGUCUCCGAAAAGAGCAGCUAAAGGUAGAUGCUCUGGAAAGAACACUGGAACAAAAGAAUAAAGAAAUAGAAGAACUGACCAAGAUUUGUGAUGAAUUAAUUGCCAAAAUGGGGAAAAGCUAAUUUUGAACCAAAUUUUCGGACUACACUAUUGAGUGCAAUAUGACCAUUGGCACACUGAUGUCCAUACCUUUCUGUGGACAGGUUAUAUUUUCACUUUUUCGUAUGCACUACUGUAUUUUCUCUCUAAAUAAAGUUGAUUUAAUUGUAUGCAGUUCUCAGAAAACUAUCAGAAUUUCUUGCUAUUGUUUGCAUUUUCAUAGUAUAAUUCAUAGCAAGUUGAUCUCAGAGUUCCUGUAUCAGGGAGAUUGUCAAAUUCUCUAAUAAAUGACAAAUUGCUGAUCCUAGCUUAUCCCUUUGUACAUGAGUUCCCAUGUUGGGUGUCUUUUGGAUUUAAUAUGAACACGUAUAACUUUGCAUGGGGACUCUUGCCUUAAGGAGUGUAAACUUGAUCCGCAUUUGCUGAUUUGUUUUAAAAAAAAAAGAAAAGAAAAAGAAAAAUGCAUGUUUCAAAUAAAAUUCUCUAUUGUAAAUAAAAAAUUUUUUUCUUUGAAACUUCAAAA